AGUGAUCGAAGAACCAGCGGUGCUUUACAAAAGGGUCUCUGAAGGGAAAGUAUUCAGUUUUUCUCUGAAUACCUUGAGCAAGUCAUCUUUCCUCGUUAUACAGAUAUCAUGAAUCGCAUUUUGGAUACUCAACACCGUUGGAGUGUUUCGAAAAUUUUUGAACUGCGGUCAGUGCAAAGAGGAACUUUAACACACGAACAACGACUUCGUUUGAAGAAAGAAGGAAGACCUUGUCCAAGAAUUAACUAUAAUGGUAGAACAAGUGAAACUGUGUAUGAGGGGUUUUCAUGGAUUUGCGGGGCUGUAAAUGAAGAUGGAAAAGAAACUUUUUUCUGCUGGCCAUGCCUAGUUAUGGGGGACAUUUCAAAAAUGAAGGAAUCAUUUGUUCAAAAGAGUGGUUACAACUCUGGUCGCUCAAAUCUUUGGAACCUUGCCACUGGCCAUCAGUCUUCUAAGAAGCAUAUAAUGUACCACACUGCCUAUCAGCUUCUAGGGAAUGUAAACAUUGCCUGUGCCCUAGAUGAAGCAACAGGAAAAGCUGUAGCGAAGCAUAACAAAACUGCAGAGAGGUACAGGAGAAUGCUACACUAUCACAUUGACAUUGUUAUUUUCCUUGCAGCCCAAGGCCUUGGUUUCCGAGGUCAUGAUGAGUCCGCUACCUCAUCAAACAGAGGUAAUUUCAUAGAGCUCAUGGAUCUUUUAGCACAUUAUAGCCAGGAACUGCGAUCUUUCUUGGAUAAAGAACGUGUUACCUACACAUCUCACGAUCCUCAAAAUGAGCUAAUAGACUGUAUAGCUGAAGAGGUUCGCAGUGAAAUUCGACACAGAAUUAGCCAUUCGAAGUAUCUAGCAGUGAUGAUGGACGAUACCAGUGAUUGCAGCAACGUAGAGCAGUCUGCAGUGUCGAUUAGACUUUUGCAUGAUGGAAAGGUGGAAGAGCAUUUGCUGGGUCUAAUUGAUUCCUCAGAAGAUCAGUCAGCAGAAGGUCUAACAAAAGUUCUGCUAAGUACACUUUCGAAAUUUGAGGUAACACCUGAAAACAGUAAAGACAAGCUAAUUGGACAGUCAUACGAUGGAGCCCCUGCAAUGAGUGGACACCUUAAUGGAGUUCAAGCUCGGAUGCUUGAGCUUUUUCCAGUGGCUUACUAUAAUCAUUGCGUCGCCCAUCGAAUGUCAUUAUGUGCAUCAAGGUCAGCAAACAAAAUUCCACGUGUAGCGAAAUUUUUUGGAACCACCGAUAAAAUUGUGACAUUCUUCCGAAGCAGUCCUAAACGAGCAAAUCAUCUUGGACAUAACCUGCCUAAGCCUGGGGACACUCGUUGGUUAUCACGCGACUCGGCAAUUCGAGUGAUUGACAAUUGCUACGAAACCAUUGGAACAGUUUUAUUUGAAAUUGCCAAUGACAGGAAAGGCCGAAACUCAAAGUUUGUCGAGAGGCUUAGGGAUUCAAAUACAAGCGAUUGA